GCUUCGUUUCAUUCUUUCUCUUCAAUCACAACUCUGUCAUCAUAAUCAUACUCGUCAGUUUGAACGCUUCUCUGAGUCCAAUCUUUGAACCUCCUUCGUAUGAAUGCACUGACUCUCUGCUUCUUUCCAUUCACCUCUUAUAUAAAAUCUCUCUCCUGUCAUCUCUCUCCCAUCAAUCUUUACUCUCAAAUCAAAAUCCUCACUUUCACUGUUUCCUUCACCGUCUUCUUUUCCCUUCAGCCUCUACAAAUGGUUCUGGGAUGGCGAAGAAGAAAGAAAGGUCGCCGGAACGACAAGCUCCACCUCGAGCUCGUCAUUCCCAACCACUUCCGAUGUCCGAUUUCGCUUGAUUUGAUGAAAGAUCCCGUCACAUUGUCCACCGGAAUCACCUACGACCGUGAGAGCAUCGAAAGGUGGUUCCUUGACGGCAAUUUCACUUGCCCUGUUACCAAUCAGGUUCUCAGGAGCUUCGAUCUCAUUCCCAAUCAUACUCUUCGCAUAAUGAUUCAAGACUGGUGCGUCGAGAAUCGACAGCACGGGGUCGAGAGGAUCCCCACCCCGAGAAUUCCCAUUUCUCCAAUCGAAGUCGCAGAGCUUCUUCUUCAUUUGACAUCGUCGGCGAGACGUUUGGAUCAGUAUGGGUGUCUCGGAUUGGUUCAGAAAAUGGAGAAAUGGGGUGAAGAGAGCGAGAGGAAUAGGAAAUGUGUGGUUGAGAAUGGAGCUACAGGUGCUCUGGCCUCUGCUUUUGAUUCGUUCGCGAAUGAUUCCGUUGAGAAGAAUCUGAGUGUUCUGGAAGAGAUUCUUUCUGCUCUGAAUUGGAUGUUCCCGCUUCAAAUGGAAGCCCAGAAAUCUUUGGGAUCUCAAGCUUCGUUACGUUGCAUGGUUUGGUUUCUGAAGCAUCAAGAUCUCGCAGGGAAAGAGAAGUCCAUUGUUGCUCUCAGAGAGCUUCUCUCUUUCGAAAAUGAAGAUCAUUUGAAUGUUCUGGCAGAUAUUGAAGGAGUCAACGAACUGUUGGUGGAAUUUAUCACCAAAAGACUGAGUCCAACCAUCACAAAAGCUUCAUUAGCUGUGGUUUUCUAUUUGGUCUCAUCAUCUUCUUCCUCGAGCAACAAGAUGAAACAGAGAUUCAUCCAACUAGGAUUGGUCUCUUCUUUACUGGAGAUCCUUCUGGACUCAGAAAGAAGCCUCUGUGAGAAAGCUCUGGCAAUUUUUGACUCACUCUGCUCUUCCGCGGAAGGCAGAGAAAAAGCUUACGGUAACGCCUUGACGAUUCCUGUGUUGGUGAAGAAGAUACUGAGAGUUUCAGCAAUGGCAACAGAUAGCUCUGUUUCUGCCAUAUGGAAGCUGUGCAAGAAUAAUAAUGGAGAAGACAAAGAAGAAGAAGAAGAAGGACAAAACGUUGUGAUUGAGGCACUGCAAGUUGGUGCAUUUCAGAAGCUGCUGUUAGUGUUGCAGAUCGGUUGUGGUGAUGAAACGAAGGUGAAAGCAACAGAGCUUCUCAAACUUCUGAAUCAAUACGGGUCAGGCGUGGAGUGUGUAGAUUCAGAUUUCAAGAACCUCAAGAGAUCACAUUAAUUGAGAUUGUUAGAUCUUUUUUUUUUUAUGGCUUUAAUUUUAGAGGUUUUAAUCUUAAGCUUGUGUGUGUAAUUGACAAAAUUGUGUUGCCAAAACAUCACAAGUUUAUGCCACAGGGGAAAAAGCAAGGGCUCGUAAGUUGACAGGGUAGAUACAAGUAGAGAUUGCAUUCUUUUUUGUAAAUCACAAUAAGACUAAUAGUAUUGCAGAAUGAUUUGUUUCUGUGAUGUUCCUUGUUAAUGGCUUCUCAUAUUUUAGUAACAUAAUUUGAUAGAAAGAA